AUGGUUGACGUGAGUGGGGAAGUUCCUACGGGAACACCCGAAGUCCAUGUUAAAGUUGCAGACCAAGGGGCUUUUUCCGAAUACUUAAAAAGGAUUGUUGGAGCAUUUGACGAUGCGGAGGACAUGUCAGUUUUCUCCACAACUCUAGCUGAUCCGGUAUCGCAAGAGGCCAUUAGAAAAUUCCUCGGCGAUGCUCAAUCCCUAGCCCUAUUGAUUCAGAAAUUUUCGAAUAAAGAUGAGGAAGAAGAGACUGAAAGCUCGGACUUUGUGGUCUCAUAUUCAAUAACUGUUGACGUCCACUACACAAAUCCGAAAAUGCAAAGUAUCCUAUUUAAUUCCGAGUUUAGCAUUGUUUUCGUCAAACGAAGUCCUAUUGUUGAAGAGGGAAAGUCCUUCGCUGCUCAGUUGCGGAUGGUUACGCUCGGAGAUGGCUCGCCUUACGAGUCUCUUCAUUCCGUUAUAAGUAACGUUGUGAGCCCUUUUUACAAAUCGUACAUCAAGGAAUCGGGAAAGGCUGAAAGGGAUGGCGACAAGAUGGCCCCCAGCGUUGAAAAGAAGAUUGCUGAACUUGAAAUUGGCUUAUUGCACCUUCAACAGAAUAUAGACAUACCCGAGAUCACUCUCGCUGCCAAUCCAUAUGUUGUCCAAAUAAUCAAAAAACGUCAGGAAGAAGGGAAACGUGCUAAGGUCACUGACUUUGAGGAUAAGAUAGAAGACGCACAAUUUCUCAAUGGCCUGCAGGCAGGUGUAAACAGGUGGAUCAAAGAAAUUCAGAAAGUUACGAAUCUAGAUCGUGACCCGUCAUCCGGAACAGCUCUACAAGAAAUCACCUUUUGGUUGAACCUGGAGCGUGCGCUUCAACGCAUACAAGAGAAGCGAGAGUCUUUAGAAAUAACUCUAACGCUGGACAUCCUGAAGCAUGCCAAAAGAUUUCACGCAACCGUUAGUUUUGAUGCCGACACAGGAUUAACGCGAGCCAUAGCAACUGUGAGCGAUUACAAUCCACUUAUGAAGGAUUUUCCGCUGAAUGAUCUGCUGUCAGCUACAGAACUCGACAAAAUUAAGACUGCCUUACAAGCCAUCUUCACACACCUUCGCAAGAUUCGCAACACGAAAUAUCCUCUCCAGAGAGCCCUUAAGCUGAUUGAAGCUCUUUCGCGUGACCUGACAGCACAAUUGUUAAAGGCAAGACUCUUUUUCUCUGCAAUUGUGGGUCAAACCUUCUUUCAGGUGCUCGGGACUCGUCGUUUGAUGCACAUGCCGUACGAGGAAUUCGAACGCGUGAUGACGUCCUGUUUUGAGGUCUUCAGUACUUGGGAAGAUGAGUACGAGAAGCUGCAAGGUCUGAUGCGCGAAAUUGGCAAGAAGAAGCGUGAAGAGCAGGUGCGUAUGAUUUGGCGAACCACAUUCGCCCACAAGCAACUACAAAGUCGUCUCGACCACCUACGAAAGCUUUGGUAUCAGCACGAACAACUACGACUGGUUAUUGUUAGAGUGAGACCAACAACUCGGUCCACCACUUUGCCUGAGGCGGAGGAUGCUACUGUGAAGAACGAACAGGUAGGGGACAUUGAAAACCACCACGACCGUGAAGAACCCGUCCUUGACGCCGCAGACGCCAAUGCCAUUGACGACGUGAAUAUGGCCUUCGAGCUGGUCAAAGAAGUGGACUGUCUUGAUCUCAGCAAAGAAGGCACCGAUGUAUGGGAGGCCACAAUCAAACGCUAUGACGAGCGGAUCGACCGAGUGGAGACACGCAUUGCCGCCAGACUGCGUGAUCUGCUGGGCACAGCAAAAAGUGCCAACGAGAUGUUCCGCUACUUCUCCCGAUUUAAUGCCCUCUUCGUUCGGCCGCACAUUCGCGGCGCCAUUCGGGAGUACCAGACUCAGCUGAUUAAACGCGUGAAAGACGACAUCGAGGCUCUUCACAAUAAGUUCAAGAUGCAGUACCGCUCGAGCAAGGCCUAUCACAUCAGUAAAGAGCGGGACAUACCGCCGGUGGCUGGAUCAAUUAUAUGGGCCCGCCAGAUCGAAGAAAAGUUGAAUACCUACUUACGGCGAGUGGAGGAUGUUCUUGGCAAGGGCUGGGAGCAUCAUCGCGAGGGCCAGAUACUUAAGGCCGAUGGCGACAGCUUCAAGUCCAAAUUAAAUACCAGCGAAAUUUUUGAAGACUGGUGUCGCAAAGUCCAAUCGAAACCCAUUAACAUCAGUGGCCGCAUAUUCUCCAUCGAACCGGUCCGCGCAAAGGUCACCAACAAGGAGGGCGAGACACAGACGGUGACUCUGAUGAAACUCAACGUCACCUUCAUGCUCGACGUGAUUACUCUCGCCAAGGAGGUACAGUCAGCUGCCUGUCUGAUGAAAUUUCAUUAA